CUGCACAGCGUCGGCUGCGGGAGUGAGGGAGAACGCAGGUCUGCGGCCCCCCGAGGGAGGAGACUGCCCUCUGUCCCCAGGUGUGGUCAGCAUGGGCCCCGUGGGCAAGCAGAGCCCCUCAUCUCUGCCCGUCCCCUCGGGAGGGUCCUGCCUCAUCCUCUUCUUCUGCCUGCGCCUGGGCGCGUCCUGCCCGCAGAGCUGCCAGUGCCCUGAGCACGCCGGGGCCGUGGCCGUCCAUUGCAGCGCGAGGGGCCUGCAGGAGAUCCCCAAGGACAUCCCCGCCAACGCUGUGCUCCUGAAGCUUGAUGCCAACCAGCUCAGCCACAUCCCUAACGGGGCCUUCCAGCACCUGCACCAACUGAGGGAGCUGGACUUGUCCCAGAACGUCAUCGAGACCAUCGGCCCCGCCGCCUUCUCGGGCCUGGCCGGGGGCCUGCGGCUGCUGGACCUGUCCCGUAACCGCAUCCGCAGGAUCCCCAAGGACGCCCUGGGCAAGCUGAGCGCCAAGGUCCGCCUUUCCCACAACCCCCUGCACUGCGAGUGUGCGCUGCAGGAGGCCCUGUGGGAGCUCAAGCUGGACCCCGAGUCCGUGGACGAGAUCGCCUGCCACACGGCCGCGCAGGAGGAGUUCGUGGGGAAGCCGCUGAUCCAGGCUCUGGACUCUGGGGUCAGCUUCUGCAGCACCCACCGCAAGACCACGGACGUGGCCAUGCUGGUCACCAUGUUCGGCUGGUUCGCCAUGGUGAUCACCUACGUCGUGUACUACGUGCGCCAGAACCAGGAGGACGCCAGGCGGCACCUGGAGUACCUGAAGUCCCUGCCCAGCGCCCCCGCGUCCAAGGACCCCAUCGGCCCCGUGCCCUAGUGCCCACUGGACGAAGCAGAGCAGCACCUGUCCC